GAUAGUUUCAAUCGGCCAUCGCCAUUCCUAUCGCACUGGGCUCGUGAGAUUCUCGCAGUUGAAAAUUUUUCGUCGUACUCUCGGAACAACAAAGGCGAAUCCGAAAAUCCGAUACGUUUCAGAGUCGCAAUCAGUCAAGAGUUAAGCACUAAACCCAAGAAAAACAAGCAGGCGCACCUGCAAUCUGUCACCUGCCAUCUGCCACUGAUUCGAAUCGAUACGAUCUGAACUGAUCUAAUCCCAUCGACAUCAAGCCAAUCGAAUCCAAUCCAAACCAAACGGAAGGAACCCCCCAGCACGGAUGAUAACGUAACGUUGCCGCAACGUUGGAGCCACAACACCACUUCCACCGCAGCGGACAUCGCAAACAAGUAAAUUACCAUUUCUCAUUUUAUCAAACAGAAAUCUGCCAGCCAAGUACCAAUCAAAGCCAAAGCUAAAGCAAAACCAAUCAAAUCAAAUCAAAUCAAAUCAAUGCAUCCAAAUCCAAGUCAAAGUCUAAGUAUCCAAUAUCCAAAUUGCAUAAGAGUCGCGUAUGUGCCGCGAGCGUUUCUUGUCGCCCACAUCCACUUGGUUGGAGCUCCAGCUCCCAAACCCGGCCCCAAAUCCGGUCAUCCGGUCGAGGAGCCAGCGCCAGCCAAGUCAAGUCAGCGCAAGAAAUAACGCUAGAUUCUCGGUUCUCGAUUCUGACAAGCGUCAAGCAAACAGAACAGAACCGAAACGAUACGAUACGAUACGAAACGAACCGAAAAGCAGAUACUCAAAAGAAAAGAAAAGAAAACAGAAAGAAUACUGAUAUUGUGUAUAGGUAUUUCGUAAACGCGUCUCUGCCAACUGCUCGAUUUAACGCGGCCCAGUUUCGAAUUGCAGAUCAUUACUACAUCCGACAUGUCGGCGGCCCGCCUGCCCUACUAUCAGCAGGAUCAGGACGACCACCACCACCACCAGCAGCAGCGGCGCGCCGGCCGUGGCCAUCAGCGCGGCUACAACGAGCGAGCCUCUGGAGGAGGCGGAGGAACUUCGUCCAGGCGGGAGCGCAGUCGCUACAGUCGCAGCCAUUCCCGCUCCCGCAGUCGCUCCGGGGAGCGCUCUGGCCAGCGUCGCCGCCGCCAGGAGCCGCAGCGGCAGCAGUCCCGCUACCACAGGGACCGCGACUCCAGAGACCGCUCCAGAGACCGCUCCAGAGACCGCUCCAGAGAUCGCUCCAGGGAUCGGUCCAGGGAUCGCGACCGAGAGCGAGACUACUCGCGACGCUCGAGCCACUACCGUCGGUCGGAGUCGCCGACCACUGGUUCGGGCCCGGGAUGCAGCAGCAACAGUAACAGCCAGCGAAGGGGCCACCAGCCACCAUCCACUGGCAGAUCGGAGAUGAGCGCCGUACAGAAGGCAGCCGCCGCAGCUGCCGCUGCCGCAGAUCACGUCCAGAUGGCCGGCAAGAGCAGCGCCGCCUCGGCCGUGGGCGCCUACUACAACCUGGACACGGACGAGCCAUUCGACAAGGAGCGCAUCCACCGCGAGAUGGAACAGAAGCUGCGCGAGGCGCUGGCCAGGGAGGGCAAGGUGUACCCACCGCCCAAGCCGGAGCCGCCUUCACACCCCGUCUUCGCCAACGACGGCUCGUUCAUGGAGCUGUUCAAGAAGAUGCAGGAGGGCCAGAAGCAGCAUGUGGGCAGCCAUCAGCUGCAGCAGCCAGCGGUCCUGGCCGCCGGCGGAGCAGAGGAGGUCCUGCAUCAGCAGCAACAGCAGCAGCAGCAGUUGGCCCUGGCGGAGGCCAGCACAUCGCCCGUGUUGCCGGCGAUUGCGGUGGGGGCUGCCAGCAGCGCUGCCGCUCCGUACAUAGCCGCUGCGGCGGCAGGCAAGCUGGCGCCACCCCCUCCGCUCGUGGGACGACGACGUGGCGGAAAGGUCCUGAAGACCGGCGUGGUGGCCAAGCUGAAGACGCCCAAUGAGAGCGACGUGGACCCGAAGGACUUCUGGUCGCUGUAUCUGGCCGAGGUCAACAAGUACAAGAGCAACGCCUGCGACACGGACAACGGCAAGCGGCCGCUGGUCAAGUAGUAGCGGCCACAGUCCAGCUCCUCAUAGAAACAUGAACUUGAACGCAGGCAGAAGGGCAAACGUGAACACAGCCUAAACUCGAUUCGACCAAUUCCCCUCCCGCCCACAGCGAUCCUCCCAUCCCCCCCUGAAGAUUUUGUACACGAGAAUAAGCUAUCACAGAUCCGUAGUUUGUAGUUAUAGUGGAGAGAGCUUUCGAGCUGCAAGCGCGAGCAGUGUACUUUGUAUUUUUUUUCACACGGGUCGAGGGCGGCUAGUCCCUCGAUAUACACAUUAUAAAAUAAUCAUAGUCUAGAUCGUAAGCCUUAACUUUAGAAGAUCCAUACGAGAUGUAUCUCUCUAUAUAAUAUGAUAUAUACCGCUCAUUAAGCAACCACAAACUUGAAGAACUAACCUUUGUGAUUUAUAUAUUUGUCUCUUCCUCCCCGUUUAUGCACUGAAAUUGUAUUCAACGUAUCGUUUCCAUUCUCAUUCGGUUAUGUAUCUCAACCCAUUACAUCCAUCUCUUUCUUUUUCAUUCCGACUAUAUAACUCCCUCUCUCUCUCUCUAUCUUUAUGUCUUGGUUUACGAUUUGGUUGCGUUUCGAUCGAUGAUUUCCGUUUCCGUAUCCGUUUCGGUUUCGUUUUCGUUUUUAUUUCCCUUUCCCAACUAAAGUCUAUAUGCAAUUUUUCAUGUCCAAAAACAAAAGCAGCGACAAAUCGUCAGACAGCAGCAACAUGUCCGCCUACAA